UGACGCGACUUCUAAUAGUUUGCAGUUCCAGUCUGGCACAAAGUGUUGGCAUUAAUGAACUAGCAGAGAGCAUGAUGGCUUUUAACACCAACUAUAAAGAUACUGGUCUUUUUGGUGUGUAUACUGUUGCAAAGUUGAAGUCUUGUCUCAUGCUUCACAUUGAUGGAACUGGUCCUGUUGCCGAGGACAUUGAACAUCAGCUACUCACAUACGACAGAAGGAUUCCAGUCACGGAGCUGUUUGCAAGGAUUGAUGCCGUGGAUGCUAGCACCAUCAAACGAGUUGCGAACAUAUUUAUAUUGGACCAGGAUGUUGCUAUAUCCACAGUGCUUUGGUAGAAUGUUGCUAUAUCCACAGUGCGGCCUAUCCAGGAUCUACCUGAUUAUAACUGGUUCAGGCGUAGAACCUACAUGCUCCGUUAUUAGGUGAUUCUUUGUUUCGGAGUUGUAAUGCAUCACAAUUACCCACCUUGCGCGACCAUUUCCUUGUUGAAUAUAUAGGUCUUACUUUUCUAAUUAUUCUUCUUGCAUCCCUUCUGGUUUUGUAACGGGUUUGUAGUUUUUUCCUAAAAAAAUAAGCGGCCUAUAUUCAAUAAUAUGGUUGUCGACAUUUGUUUUGAUAUUCUUUAAAAAAUUGUAGAUUGCAAAUUUGCAUAGGUUUGUUAUGAUUACGUUUGUUCAUAGUGGACGGUUCUUUAAGUGAAAUCGAUUGUGCAAUUGAUCUUCAUACAGAAGCUUUCUAGAAUCUCUUGGCAAUCGAGACUACUCCACAGAUAUAGCAAUUUCCAAUCUAAACUUAAUAUGA